CUAAAUUCUACCUUUUUGUUUAAAGGACCUACCUUUCUGUUUUGAGGUGCCUUUGCAGAACAGGUGUGCCUGUCCCAAAACUGAUGCGAUCCUUCUAGUCCGAGGGAAACCCUGAAUGUGGCUGCAGCACAUAAAGAAGUGGUAGAUGUUGCAGCUUUUAUUCACCAAUGUGCUUGGGACUCCUACAUCCUAGAGCAUUUUCCUGAAAAUGGGAUCAUAAUAAACCUCUCGAGGAUUGAGAACAACUGCUAGCAUGUUGCAAUCUUCCUCCAGAGCAGGUGAAACUUUACCCCUCUGUAAGUUUCAGAAUAAGUUGCAGAGAUGGGGCCUGGUUCUCACCCUCUGCGCCGCCGUCCUCUGGCUUCCUGAGGCAGCGGGGUCGACACUGAACUGCCAUACGACGUGCAUCUGCGCCUCGAACAUCGUCAGCUGCUCCAAGAUGGACCUGAGUGCCGUUCCCACUGGUCUGCCACUCUACACCACUGUGCUGGAUCUCAGCUACAACGCCAUAUCUCGGCUCAGAUCUGAAUGGACUACUGUCAAGCUUCCGAAUCUCCAUAACCUUUUGCUCAGCCACAACGAUCUCUUUUUCCUUUCCUCUGAAGCUUUUAUAAAUGUGAAGCAACUGCGCUACUUGGACCUGUCCUCCAACAAACUGCAUAUGCUGGAUGAGUUUGUUUUCGAGCCUUUGGUCUACUUGGAGGUCCUCUUGCUCUACAACAACCAAAUUUCACAGAUUGACAGGACAGCCUUUGCCACCAUGGUCAACCUUCAGAAGCUGUAUCUCAGCCAGAACCAAAUCUCCCGCUUCCCAGGGGAGCUGAUCAAAGACAGGUAUCGCCUGGAAAAGCUGAGCCUCCUGGACGUUUCGUCCAACAGGAUCAAAAAGGUUCCCAUAGAUGACCUUAAUAUGCUACCUGCCUGGAUUAAAAAUGGCCUCUACUUCCACAACAACCCUCUGCAGUGUACCUGUAAUCUCUACACACUCCUGGCCCACUGGUACAUUCGUAAGCUGAACUCUGUUGUGGACUUCAGUGACGAGUUCACGUGCGUCCUGCCUAAUUCGCAGAAAACCCAGAUUUUCGAUCUUAGUGGCGAAAGCAUGAACUGCAGCACGUUCAAGGAGGCAGACGAAGAGGCUUUCCUGGAGCAAACGUUGAUCCUCAGCUGUGACACCAAACACCGUGACAUGAUGAAGACCUGGGCGUUGCCCGGGACGUCAGGAGACAACCAGACUGCAAAGGUCCUGCCAAACGGGAAUCUGCAGAUAAGUCCGGUGAGGUACGAUGACUCCGGGACCUACACGUGCUUUGCUGUGAGCGAAAGUUUUAAUGAGACCAUCUACAUUGUGCUGAAGGUUCACAACUUCACCAUGCAUGGGGCUGGGGAGACUUUGAACACAGCUUACACUACCUUGGUGGGCUGCCUGGCCAGUGUGGUGCUGGUGCUCAUGUACCUCUACUUGACACCGUGCCGCUGUUUCUGCUGUCCCAGCAAAGGGAAGAACCGGGGCGAGGACAGCAUCCACUCCUCGAUGCUCAGCGUCACUCCCACCCACGAGGACCCGGCGAUGAAGGCCGAGCUGAACAGGCACGUUGCGUUCAUCGACUCCAAAGACUUGCAGGGCCAGAAUGGCAAGGUGAAUCCCAACGGGGACGAGGACAAUGACGACUUGGAUGGAGAGGCUGGCUCUCUCAUGAAGGGGAAGAGGAAGAAAUCGGUAGCAGAGUCCAUUAGCUCCGUCUUCUCAGACACUCCCAUGGUGGUUUGAGUCGACAGUGACGCUAAUGGGCACAUUAAGAGCCAUGAUUUAUUGAAUUUAAACUCCUACUGUGACCUUGUGCGAGGAAAGGCUAGAGGGAUGGAUAGCAAACUUAUUAUUGCAUCUGAAAGGGAGCUCAAAGCGAAUUGUCUUGUUGUCAAAGAGGACAAUAAGCCAGACUUUUCCAGCGUUUCAACCUGUAGCAAUUACUAUUCAUACUGUGAAAGGAAAGGAUGCAUAUAGGAUGUGGAACCUAUUAGAGAAGAAAUGUGGUUGUUAGCAGCACUCAGGAAGCGAUGUACUACAACCGAUUGAGAAUUGUAAAAAUUUGCAGAUUUCAAAAACAACAUUUUACAUUUUGGUAUAAAUGAAAACCGUGGUUUCCUCAUAAUUGUAUUUUUAAUGAAGAAUUUGGAUAGGCUGCAUCAUAUCAAACAAAGACAGAAACUGACGUGACCAGGCUCUGAGUAGAAGUGACAUUCACCUCGAAUUAUAUAUAUACGUAUGUAGUGACACGGAAUGGCAUGCCAUAAAAACUAUUACAUUAAAUUAUAUGAGAUCCUAAUGCUUGAGAUAUGUAAUCAAGGUAAGAACAUAUGGAUUUCUCAGAAAUAGGUUUUUACCCUAUUUUUUAUCUGACCCUUAGCGGAUACAGAUUGAUCCUGCUUUAUAUAAGUUAUGAAGCCAUAUUUGGCAGCUAUUUAUCAAUUACACAUGAUAAGUAAAAAUUUCCUAAUUGCACGAUUGACAAUUUUUGCGUAACCAUAUGCUGAAAUAAUUGUGCAUUCAGUUUCUCCCUUAUUGUUUCUUCACAUCUGCAGUGAAAACCAGGCAAUAUUUUGACCGCCUCUCACAGGUAAUCGUACGCAGUCGCCUGCAGAAGCACAUAAGGUGCAGAAAGGUAUUUUGUUCUGACAGAUUAUUAACAUGUUGUCUCAAUUCUGUAAACACAUAGGUACUAAACUCCUUACAAGGACGGAGAUGGCUCUGGUUGUCGUCCGCGGAGGUGCCAAAUGCUGUUAAAUUUUCUUCUUGGCAAAGUAACAGGAUUGGUUGUGCUAAUCCAGAGCUUAAGGCUCAGAUGCUCAGAUGCUUAGCUUAUGCUGCAUUAUGUUAUUUUAUUCUUAAGAGAAGAGGUGCACAUUACGGAAAAGCUGAAAAUCUAUACUUUUUUAUUGUUUGAGUAGGCAAGCCUGUGUUCAGAUGUGAUAAAUGAGAUGUAGUUUGAAAAAUGAGGUUCGGUUCGAUCAAUAGUUCCCAGUGUCACACCUGAAAUGUAGCCUUUUUUUUCUCCCUUUCUUGCUAGAAUGUGAUGUUUGUUGUAUCAGCAGUAAAGCAUUGGGGUCUGAGUAACCUUAAUGGUUUCCGUCUUAAAAAUAAGCUUAUGAAUAAUGGAGAUGCAGCUGUACAUUACUGGCAGGAAAAGCUAGAGUUAGCCCCAGCUGCCACAAAAACAAAAUUAUCAGGGUUUUUUGAAACAGAUUGUUCAAGAUUGUCAAAGUGGGGUUCUGCUAAAAGGUUAUAAGCUGUUAAUAACUAAAUAUCUUAAAGUUAGAAUAAAUCCAGACUAGUUGGUACCGCAGGCAAAGCUAACAGCAAGUACGAAAGGGGUAAACAUGUCUACCAUUUUAAAAUAACUACAAAGUCAAGAUGGUCCUAGCCAUUAAUGGAACCGUUUUUUAGAUGUAAGACGUAUUUAGGUUUGCAUUUUGGCGUUCUUUAAAGGAGCAUCCACCUGCAGGUUCUGUUUUAAGCUCCUACAUUCUCAUGCUUUGUCCUGUUAAAGUUAAUAAAUCUUUGAUGCCCUGAUGUCUACACCUGACCCUAAUCUUGACAUCUAAUCUUGACCCCUUCCUGUAACAUUAAACAGAUGCUGACUUGGUUCUCCGAAGAAAAGUACAUAAAUGCAUGUUUCAUUAGGUACUUUUUUCAAACAGGAAAAUAAUUUGUUAUUCAAUACCUCAUAGGUCUAUUCCUAUAUAGAUAUUUAUUUGCUUCUCUGUAAACGACAGGACAAUGCAAGUAUGAUGAUGUUUUAAAAGGCUAUUAGAUGGGGUUUGAAUAAACCGCUGUGACAUCUUUAAAAGUUGUUUUAAGACUGUGGAAGUUUGGUUUGGUCCUGACUCCUCUCUGUCAUGCUGUUAGGAUUUACUAUUCGGUACCAACUAAUCUGGAUUUAUACAAAAUUAAAACGAUAAGAGUCUUACCUGCAGCAGGUUGUUUUUUGGUCAGAGUAAAUGCUGAGUAGAAAUGGUCGGGCAGUGUAAAAAUCAAGAAAAAUCAUUACUGAUGCACCACUAUUUUUUAUACCAAAACUUUUUCUUGACUGGAAACUUUCUACAUGUUAUGUUCUCCUCUAUUUGUUUUGUAAAAAAACUGCCUAGUUCAGACAGGUUGUUGGAUUAAACAUUUAUAAAAUACUUCUUAUUAAGGCCUAUGAGAUUGUCAGGUUUGGAGUUUCUUUUAAAUCUGCUUUAAUCAACUCUCCUUUUGGUUUAGCCAUUAGCUGGAUUCAUGCUAACGCCCCGCCCAUACGAACCUGGAUACUUUGCAAAAUAGAGAUUUUUUAGGUAACAGGUUUUAAAAGUUGUUUUCCAAAAUGGUUUAUACGUUUUGUUUAAGAUUGAUUUACAUUCAUAUCACUCUAUCCUGACCGUUCAGGUGUGGAAGCUAAUAAUGAAGAGGGAUGAGGAAACUAUGUUGUUGUGGGAGACUCUUAAGCCCAGCAUUGCUUUUGCUCCACUGCAGAGCUCCUUCUUUUGAAUUCAGAGGUAGUUAAAGUCUCCACCUGCAAUAUUGCUCUAGCUUAGAAUAAAAUGCAGCAGACUGAGUUUCUUUCCUUCAAAUUUGUCCUUAACUCCUGGAGACACAAUAACUGCUUAAACCUCUUCAGAACCCAUCUUCAAAUAUUCUUCAAAUAUCCCUUUAGAUGCCCUUAGAAUAUUAUUUAAACAUUGAACGCCUUGGUUCAUCCAGAAGGAGCAGUUUCAUUAAUCUGUCCUGGGUUUAUGUUGCAGCACAACAAGGCCAGCUGGGCGUAAAUGCUAUUUUUAUCUUUUGAUUGGAAGAAGUUUGAGUCUGCCUUCCAUGUCUUUCUCUCUUUGAACCAGUGGGGAUCGAUCAUGUUAUCGUGAGUCACCGUGACACAAAACGAGGCAUUUUCUUUGCCUUCAUCUGUACUGACAGCCUCAGUUCAGCCCAGAUGUGUUUGCUUUGUUUGCGUCUUUCCCGGUCAUUAUAAAGCUGCCCUUUCUUAGGCUGGAAAGCAAUCACUCAGCAAUGAAUGCGAUGCCCUUUAAGAAGUCUGCAAUUUGCCUGAAGCUUUCAUCAAGCGUUUUCACUCCCAACUGAGUCAUGUGGUCGCAAAGUGCAGCACAAUACCAAAUUUCCUUUAUGCCUCUGACUUGUUAUUCAAAACAAAAAAUUCUAAAACAAUGAUGAAUACAUAAAAUCGCAUCUUCGAAACUAAAAAAAAAAAUCAAUUUACACAUUUCUGGUGCAAUGUUUUCUUACGCAAAAUUCUUGGAAUAUUCACAGUUGCCGCAUGCACAGCAGCAUCUCCUGAGUGGGUGAGAAAAGGAAGUCACACUUGUCAGAGAGGUGGUGUGUGCGAAUCAUAUCACUCUGUCACACGCUGAAACACCAGGUGGAGAAACAGACAGCAGCAGAAAAUACCAAGCCACACUUAAAAAAGCUGCAUACAUAACCCUCACAGACGGGCAGCGUUUGUCCUAGAGAGAGAACCGUUUUAAGGGUUUUUCUUGUUUUUUGUCCUUUUGCAGCUGAAAUGUGUGCUUCUUAUCCAUCAUAAUGGUGUCACUUAAAACAGCGCGAGAAGCUGAGAUCACAAACUUAUAUCAUGGCUUUUGAGUAGCUCGGCACAUUAAUCAACCAUUAUCAAGAAGGAGAUAAAUUUCCGCUAGAUCCACUCUGAUGUUCGACCUCCACAGUUCGUAUCGUAGUUCUCUAUUGCGUUUUGUUAAGUGCUUUUUGCAAAGGUCCUGACAUAAAGGGAAAAUCUCGGCUAUUUUUCUCCAAAGCAAAUCUGCCUUUGUGUAUAUCUAUUUAAACAAUAUAAAUAUCUAUCUAUCUAUAUAUAUAUACAUGUAUGUGUUAAGACUCGCAUUCUGUGUUUAGUAUUGAUUAGCUGUGUACUGUUCUGAUGUACUGACUGUAUUCUUGUAUAUUCCAAUACUGUUCAUUUUACAUUUUGUCUGCCUUUGUGCUAAUGUUAUCUGUUCCAACAUCCAAGUCUUAUUAUAAAUGUUUAUUUUUAAGCAGGGUAGGAAUUAGUUAUUUUUUAUUGAAAUGGCUGGGCAAACAGAAAAUGCCUGAACAUGGUAUCAAAACCUGCAUGUAGAGAGUGCCAGGUUUCUUUCUUUCUUUUUUUUUUUUUUUAAAUAACUUAACAGAUAUAAAUCCUAAUCGGCAGUGACUAGACUGUAUGUAGCCUCUAGUUAUAUUCAAUCAGUAUUGGAUUUUUUUUGUUCCUAAAGCCAUAAGAAAUUAAAAACACAGUGCUUUACUAGAUUGUUAUGCCAUACGAUGUAGGGAGCUGCUGGCAGGUGAGUGAGGGAAGUGGGAAACAGAGGGGUCCACUGAAUUUCUGAAAAACAAGUGGGUAUGAGAAGCUCACUAAAUAGUAGAUAAAUAGAUUUCCUCAGGACUGUGUAACGUCUCUAACUUGCUCACAUUUACAGCAUCUUUUAAGCAAAACCCUCAAACCUACUAUUUCCGCACCUUGCAGGCUCUUUGCUCUUAAGAUUAGAUAAAUCCAGCCAGGUUAAAAAGGGAAGAGAACGCGUUCUUACUACCCCGCUGCACAUAAUCAUCUUUCAUCCAUAGCUAUAAAGUAGCAAUCAGCCAUGAGUAGGUGAGGCAGAAAGCUUGUUGCUUUUACCCGAGGCCAUAGCAUAAGAAGGGAGCUUUAAGCAGCACUGAAAGCACUGUGUUUAUUGACCACAACUUUAAAAAUGAUAAGGUUGGUCACUGCCAUAAAAACUCAGAGGCCUCGUAGCUGAAGGAUAAUGGCUUUGCAUGGUAUGCUUAAAAGAUUCUCUGGCUGCAGGAUAGCUGCAAACUAUAGGCAUUAAAGAAGAGUAAUACACAAUAAUUUGACAUAAUAAAAGAUACAGUUUUA